AUGGCCAAAAUCUUACAGAUCAGAGAAAAUAUCGAAUGCGAGAUUUUUGGAUCAUUGUUGGAAGAGGCGAAAGAUUCGUAUAAAGAGGAUAUUAUCCAUGAGUUAAAGUCAGAAACCGUCGAUCAAAUGCAUGCCAAUGUUGAUUACGUUUGUCAGUUAGUUUCAGAAUGGCAUCCGGCUCGGUAG